AUCAUAAAGGUUCCAGAUUCAAUCGCUGGCCUGUGCUGAGCCAGUUGAUUUCAGCAAGGGUGAGAUACCAGUGAACAACCUGUACCAUUCAACACUUUACAAGACUUGGAAAUAUUAUUGAGUUAAUUAUUUAGACCGCUUUACAUUAUUGUAGGCAUUCUGCAACCUCUCCAGAUUGACACUGGACAUAGACACUCAAGAGUAAUGCUUUGCUGUGAUGGUAGAGAAGGUCAGAGACUGCAACAGCUGUGUCCUGUACAUCAGAGUUCAUGGUCAAAGCAGAGCAUGUGUACCAGCUGCUGGGACUUGUGUAUUGACAGAAACUGACAUUGUGAAAUAGACAAACAUGACGCCAAAGCACCAAGGUCAGUGGGGGAGCUUAGCUCUGCAAAGAAAACCUGACAUUCCUCGUCUCUCCUCAAUCUGCACUUGAUGUGUUGAAACUCAGCCACAUCUGAGCAGAGUGGAUCUCAGGGACAACUUGAUGAGCAUAAGGAGGCUUCAGCGGGUCCAGGAUCAUUUUCUCACAGUGAAGGGUAAAGAUUCAGCAGCCUGCAGUAUGCCUACCAGCCCUCUAACUACCCACAUACUGAACACAGCUCAGGGUGUCCCAGCAGCUAGUGUGGCUAUCAGCAUUUCCAGGUUGGAGAGUCAGGGAUGGACCGAGGUUGCCAAAGGGAUCACAAACUCAGAUGGCAGGUGCCCCGGACUCUUCACACCACAGACGUUCAGCGCUGGGACAUAUAAAAUGCAAUUUGAAACGGGAGAUUACUGGCAAUCUUUACAGCAGAGUAGCUUCUACCCUUAUGUACAGAACUGUCCUGAGAAUCAAGAGCAGUAAAAUCUGAAUCCUCAUGAUGAUGUUAUUGAUCUAUUUGGAUUACUUAAGGGAUUGUGGAGUUAUCGCCUUUGAAUCAUCAUAACAUCUAAUGAAAUGCUAUGUUGCAGAGAGGUACCAGUGAGAUAUGUCCAGGAGUAUUAACAAAACCAGCGAGACCAUGAGUCCAUAUGACCUUGAGUUUAUAGCUUUUCGUCUCUUCCAUUGUGUU